ACUAUUCAUCCUUUUACCCUCCUCUCCUUGGUUAUUGGUGCUGAAGUAUGUGCAUGUCCCGAUAGUUGCAUAUAAUUGCGCUAGCCUUGGCGGGACGUUGUGGGUCGACCAGAGGUUUGGGUGUGCCAAUCCGCCAAAAUAAUCUGGCGAUUUGGGUGGUCGCCCUCGACGCGUCAAUUGCCGAAAACGAACCAAAACCCACCGCCCUCUCUCGAGACGGUCCUCUCAUCCACACCCCAAAUGUAAUGUCAUUUGGACGGCAACCACUCAUGGAGACCUCAGACAACACCCCGACGAGCUCGCCCGCUCCAACUUCUACCGCGCGUCGGUCCGGACGCGUCACAAAGGCACCCGCCAAGUUCGCUCCGGAUGCGCCCGCCGCUACCAAGAGGAAGCGGAAUGCGGAACAUGACGAAGAUGACGCAGAGAACGAGUCGCCCGACGAGAUAGAUGAUGUCAGCGACCCUGAUGAUGAUGAUGCCGACGAUACGGCUACCGAAGAGCCCCGCCGCGCGAGCAAGAAGAAGAAGCCCUCAUCGUCGCACGCGCCAAGGUCGAGAAAACCGGCUGCGAAAAAGCCCAAAAUCAACGGCGAUGCGCUGGCAAGUGAAACCAUGCAUAGCGCACAACUGCCGAGUCGCCCGAAGAAGGCGGUGCGCAUUGCGAUUGCCCAGGGCGACGCGGAUGGGCUUUAUGCCGACAUCUUUGCCUCCGGGGAUCUUCCCGACAAGGUAGCGACAGAGUGGUACCACAAGUACCAAGAGGACGAUGCCGCUGCCGUAACCGACCUGGUGAACUGCAUCCUGCUGUCCGCCGGGUGCGACCAGCAGGUCACCCAAGACGAUAUCCGAGAUCCCGAGAACUGUUCCAACAGGCUGGCGGAUCUACAGAAUGUCUACACAGAGGAGGGAAUCACCGACUACCCCCUUAUCUCCAAGGCCAAGUCGACCAAGUCGUUCCGCGACUUGCUGAUCGGCUUCUUCAGGUCUCUCGUGACCGUUCUCCACGAGACCGACGUACUUUACAAGGACAGCACCUUGAUGGAGAACAUCGCGCGAUGGGUGGCCUCCAUGUCUUCGUCAACACUGCGGCCGUUUAGACACACUGCAACCACUGUCGCGCUCGCGAUGGAGGCCGCUCUCGUCGAAGUCGCCAAGAAGCUCGACGAUCGCAUCACCAAGAUGACCCAGCAGGUUGACGCCGAGAAGAGCCGCAAAGGAAAAAACAAGGAACGACUAGCCGUAAUCCAGAAAAACCUCGACGAAGCUGAACAGAACCGACAGCUCUGCCAGGAGCAGGUUACGGACUUCUUCGAAACUGUAUUCGUCCACCGAUACCGCGACAUUGACGCCAAAAUCCGGACCGAGUGUGUUGAGGCCCUCGGCACCUGGAUCUGGUUCCUGCCCACAUUCUUUGAGAAGCCCGAAUAUCUGCGGUACCUGGGCUGGAUGCUGUCCGACAUCACGUCACAGACGAGGCAGGAAGUGCUGAAGCAGCUUGCUCGUAUAUUGAAGCGCGAUGCUGAGAAGCUUGGCCAUUUUAUCGACCGCUUCCGGCCACGCCUAGUCGAGAUGGCUACCAAAGACGCCGACGUCAGCGUUCGAGUUGUAGCCAUCUCGGUCAUACAAAUCCUCAAGGACACUGGUAUGCUUGAACCCGACGAGAUCGACUCGAUCGGCCGGCUGGUCUUCGACUCUGAACUUCGUGUACGAAGAGCCGUCAUCGAUUUCUUCGCCGGUUGCGUGAACGACUCGAUCGAGACCAAGAUGGAGGAAUUAGGAGGCAGCGAUGCCGCCGACGAAAUCUUCGGGGAUGACGAGGAUGACGACUACUUCUCUCCCCGCAGGGACUGGAUCAGCAUUAAGUGUCUCGCCGAGCUCCUCGCGGCAUACGACGCCCAGCUCGAGGAGGAGAAUCAAACAUUGCCAGUUCGUGGCCUCGAUAUCGCCGUUGAGAUGGUUCAGGCCGUGGCGCCUGAGAACCGUAUUACACUGGCUGCCCAGGUUCUGUACGAAAAGAUUGACCAGGUCAAAAACUGGGAACUCUUGUCGGGUUACCUGCUUUAUGAUCACACAACGAGUACAAAAUCACGAUCGUCAUCGAGGCGGACUUCCAGCGAGGCAACGCUCAAGAGCGCUGUUGCUCCAGAAGGCAAUGAGGAGCCGGUGCUUCUUGAGGUACUUGCCUCUGCUGUCAGGUUGAGCCUUGCCUCUGCUUCAGAAACCGAUAGGAGCAGGAGGAAACAGCGGCCAGAUGCUGUAGAUGGCGCCGAAGAUUCUGCCGUGCACCUAGCCAGCAUCAUCCCCCGUCUUUUGAACAAGUAUGGCGCCGAAGCGAGCACCGCAGUCGUCGUACUACGGCUGGAACACUUCUUGCCGCUCGACGUGUUCCAACAGCUUCGUCAAGACUCGACUACAUACAGCCGCUUGCUAGAUGAGAUAUGCACCCAGUUCGAACGGCACGCCGACAGAGGCGUGCUUGCGGAAGCGACAACAGCGCUGCUGCACGCUCGCAAGUAUGAUGAGCUAGAGGAGAUGACAGAUACCAAGAUCGCUGACCUUUGGGAAACCGUCAUCAACGCGCUUCGGCAUAUGGACAAGACCCAAGAGCUAAACGACCGCGGCAACAUGGGGGCUGCAGCCGUCUCCCAGCUGGGCAGCAUUCUCCUCAAGAUCAGCAAACUCGCCGGCAUUGCCGAAUGCAUCGACGUUCUCGAAGCUGACGGCCAGUCCGAAGAAUCGUCGAACCCUGUCAUAGAACUUCUCAUUCGCACCGUCCACCGCGGCAAACUUGACCAAGUUGACGAGGCCCUCGACGACCUUGAAGACGAAGCCGUCUCGUACGCGAUCCAAGCUGCCCAUUUCUACUUCAUGUGGAAAGUCCGCACCUUCCUUUCUGCGGUCCAAUCAUCCGCCAGCAUCCCUAUCCGCACGAUCGAGCGCCUAUCUACCCUCCGCCGAACCUACGCUGACAACCUGAUCUGGACGCUUUCCUCGCGUGGCACAAAUGACGAGCUGCGGCUCUUCGCCACCGGCGCCCUCUGCGACCUACACGUGCUGUUCGCCUCGCUCCGGGAGGCCGUCAAACAACAACAGCAACAACAGGAGUCGCACCACGACUACCAGGAACUAGAAUCCCUCUACGAACCCAUCCAGCCCGGCCUCACCAACGAGCUCAUCGAGAUCUACAACGCCGCCGAGCGCGCGUACGCGCGCGUCACCAAGCGCGCCCUGAACGAGCCCUCGCCCGAUGAACAGCGGCGGCAACAACAGCAGCAGGACCCGACGCAGCCGCCGAACGGGGGCGACGACGACGGGGAGGAGGACGAUGACGACGAAGAGGACGAGGAGGAAGCUGCCGCCGACGCCGCCAUGAGCCCCACCGAGCGCAAGGGCAAGGAGCUCAAGCUGGAGCGCGCGCUGUGCGAGCUGGCGGGCAAGCUGGUGCUCGCGAUCCUCGCCAAGACGGUCGACCAGAUCGGCCCGCAGGCCGGCAAGCUCCGCCGCAGGAUGGUGCGCAACCAGGCGAAACUGGGCGGGAACCUGAGGGAGACGGUCGGGUUCCUGGACGAGGCCAAGUUGAGGGAGCGGGUGGCUGCCGGCGGUGGUGGUGCCAUGGGGAGGAAGAGGGAUAAGGGGAAAGGGAAGGCUGCUGCGUCUGCUGCCAAGUCGAAGCCUGCUGCGGCGGGUGCCACUGGGAACGGCACCGCUGCGUCGACGGCGACCGGGUCGAAAAGGGCGGCGCUGAGUGAAGAGAUUGUCGUUGAGGAUGACGACUCGGAGUUAUCCGAGGUUGAGGAGGCCGAACCCGAGCCGGAGGAGGGCUCGAUGGAAGAUUUGAGGAGACGGGAGUUGUUGGAUGAUCCGAUUGAGGAUGAAGAGCUGGGGGACGGUGACGGUGGGGGAGACAAGAUGGACGAAGAUGAGUCGGUAUUAGGAGAUUGAGGCGGGUGCUUGUGCUUGGGUUUUACUCGGAUGUUCCUAUUUUCUCUUCGUUUCCCGCCUAACGCGGGGGGCGGUUGUAUCAUGAGUAUGGGUGAUGAGACUGGGCUUGACUUUCGUUCAUACCACUAUUAUUCUUUGCUCUUGUAGAAUCAGUUUCCAGAUAUUU